AUGGUUCACGAGAUCCCUCAAGCCGAACGUGUCGACGAAGUUGACUUGUUCCUCAGUCAACAAGAUGGUCAAAUUCAACGCCCCAAAGGUCCAAGCUGUAGACAUCCUGCUCGUCAAAAGUGUACCAAUUGUUUGCCAUUAGAUCCCUUCGACGAGGAAUAUUUGAAAGAAAAAGACAUCAAACAUAUGAGUUUUCAUGCCCAUGUUAGAAAACUUCUCGGAACCCACGGAAAAGGGACGUCCCUCAACAAGCCUCUGGAAAAUCUCCGCUGCUCACUGAAACAAAAUUGCCCCGACCAUAAGCCGUUUCCGAAGGGAAUUUGUACCAAAUGCAAACCGCAAGUAGUCACAUUGAAUCGUCAGAAGUUUCGCCACGUUGACAAUAUUCAAAUCGAGAACCAGGAGUUGGUGAAUCAGUUUCUGGAUUACUGGCGUGUUUCCGGUCAUCAACGAGUUGGAUAUCUUAUCGGACAGUAUCAACCGCACCCUGAAGUGCCGCUGGGAAUCAAGGCAACAGUUGCUGCAAUCUAUGAGCCUCCCCAACACUGUCGUGAAGACGGUAUCGAGUUUUUGGAAGACAAAAACGAGAAAAUUGUGGACAAGCUUCUCGAAAUGCUCGGUUUGCAGCGUGUCGGAUGGAUAUUUACGGAUUGCUGGACAGCCGCAAGAGCCGAAGGAACGGUCCAUUAUACUCGUCACAAAGACUCGUUUUUCCUCAGUGCAGAGGAAUGCAUUACCGCAGGAAUGCUUCAGAAUGCUCAUCCCAACGUGACAGACUACUCGAUGGAUCGCCGUUAUGGAUCCAAGUUUGUCACUGUUGUUGCAUCGGGAGACGAGUCAAUGCAUGUCAACUUCCAUGGAUAUCAAGUAUCAAACCAGUGUGCUGCGAUGGUUGAAGCCGAAAUCCUUUGUCCCACGCUCUACACACCAGAAUUGGCAUAUGUUCGAGAGACACCACUAUCAGAGGCCCACUACAUUACCGAUGUGCAGUACACAGAAAAGAAUGAGUAUGGAGCCGAAGUAUUGAAAAACGGACGUCCACUUCCAGUUGAAUAUCUUUUAGUGGAUGUGCCAGCUGGCAUGCCGAAAGAGCCACACUACACUUUCCACAUCGGAACCAUGACCAACUCGAAGAAUGUAAAGUUCAAUGUGGAGAAUCGGCAAGCAAUCGGACAACUUCAAGGAGGCGCCAACCUGACACAGUAUAGCGGAGAGUUCUCUACCAAUCAGUUUUUGGAAUUGGCUACGAAUUUUCAUUUCCUUUUGUACCUUUUGACAAAUGAAAUGGUGCAAAUUCCCGAAGAUUGGGUCAAGCGGUUGUGUGAUGCGGUGAAAGAUCAAGAUAGAGGAAAAGCAAUGGAUUGGGCGCAAGAAUGUGAGGAUUGGCACCAAUUGAUGGCUGUUGCUCAUGCAAAUGAUGGAGGAUCACGCAAUGAUAUUCCUGAGCUUCCUGGAGGCAAUCGGUUCGAUGAGGUCAAUGCCGGAGGCGGUGGUGGAGCCACAUGGAACUGCGGGCACUGCACUUUCCAAAAUGAAGCUGGAAGACAGGAUUGUUCAAUGUGUGGAUUACCAGCAUCCGAUUAA